UUCCUCUUCCUCUUCCUCCGCGGCCCCGCCUUCCUUCCCUCCGCCCAUCUCCCGCCGCGGAGGAGCCGCCGCUGCCAGCCGCCAGCCGCCAGCCGCGCCGUCAUGUCGGCCCCCGCCGGGUCCCCUCACCCGGCUGCCGGCGCCCGGAUGCCGCCCAAGCUCGGCGGAGCAGUCUCCGGCCUGGCGCCGCCGCAGCACAACGGUCCAGCACAGAGUCAAAUGCAAGUUCCAUCUGGUUAUGGGUUGCCUCAUCAAAACUAUAUGGUCCCCUCAGGACAUUACUCUCAAGGACCUGGGAAAAUGACCUCCUUGCCAUUGGAUAACCAGUGUGAUAAUUACUACUCUCGUCCAUAUACAGUACCAACACAAAAUGUGGGGACUCCCAGCUCAGCAAGCCAACCAGGAGCACAGCAGAUGUAUGGAAGAGGUCCUCCCGCCCCUCACAUGGGGGGAUCCACGCCAGGAUCUUUCCAAGGAGCUCCAGCAUCAGCAUCCCAUUCCUACACGAGUGCCUCCCAGCCCUAUUCCUCUCUUGGGAAUCGCUACACUAGUCCUGCCACAUACUCUGCCAAUGCUUCUGUUGCUUCUCAGGGAUACCCCUCCACCUGUAGUCACUAUCCCAUCUCAACUGUGUCUAAUGUCGUGUAUCCUAACGUUUCAUAUCCCUCCCUGCCGGCCAGUGAGCCAUAUGGGCAGAUGUUUACCUCACAGAGUGCUCCUCCGCCUGCCAGGCCAGUCAAAGAGUCAUACUCUGGCCCGAGCACAGCUCUUACCUACCCGUCGAGACCUCCACCUCCACCUUCCCAGCACCACCAGCAGCAGCAGCAGAGUCAUUCAGGAUAUAGUUCUCUACCAUGGUCAGGUCCAGGCGUUCCACCAGCCCAAGACAGCCUCAUCCGAAACCAAAUGGGAUCCUUGGCUACAGCCAACAGCCACCCAACAAAUAACGAAAAUGUCCAACCCCCCAUGUCCAGCUCUGUAGUAUCCACGGUUUUGCCAGGACCCUCAUCAGCAAGAAUGCCACCUGUUCCAAGUCAUCCAGUUGGGCCUGUGCCCUCUGCUCCACCACCCCCAGAGCAAAUGCACACAAAAGUCAGGUUUCCAGUACCUAGCCUUGCUGGAUGUGGCAAGUGGCGCCCUGUGAACAGAGACCCUGGACUGUGGGGAACUUGCAUCGGUCGGAUGAGGGAACGCCCCCCAGAGAAGUUCGCAAAUAAAGGCAUGCAGUAUGGUGACUAUGUUAAUAAUCAAGCUAGCUCCACACCAACUCCCUUGUCAUCAGCUUCCGAUGAUGAGGAAGAGGAGGAUGAGGAUGAGGAAGCAGGUGUUGACAGCUCUUCUACCACAAGCAGCGCUUCGCCCUUGCCCAACAGUUACGAUGCCUUGGAAGGAGGCAGCUACCCAGAUAUGCAUUCUUCUUCAGCAAGCAGCCCUGUUCCUGAUCGUGCCCCAGAACCUAACUCCACCCUCGCCCAGGCUCUUUCUGCAGCCCCCACUCCCCCUGCAGCUCAGCCAGCAAAGGUAGCCAAGCCUUUUGGCUACGGCUACCCAACCCUGCAGCCCGCCUACCAGAAUGCAGCACCAGCACCCACGCCCACAGCACAGCCCAGCCCAGUGUAUUCUGGAUAUCCUCAGCAUUACCCAGGUGUGAACCAGCUGUCCUCAGGCCUAGGAGGACUAAGCCUGCAGAGCUCUCCACAGCCAGAAAGCCUAAGGCCUGUCAACCUCACCCAGGAGAAGAAUAUCUUACCGGCCACUCCUGUGUGGGCUCCUGUACCUAACUUGAGUGCAGAACUCAACAAGUUAAACUGUAGCCCAGAUUCGUUUCGAUGUACCUUGACCAAUAUCCCGCAGACACAGGCUUUACUGAAUAAAGCUAAGCUUCCUUUAGGAUUGCUGUUGCAUCCCUUCAGAGACCUGACGCAAUUGCCAGUGAUAACCUCAAACACCAUCGUGAGGUGCCGGUCCUGUCGGACGUACAUCAACCCUUUCGUUUCCUUCAUUGAUCAGCGAAGAUGGAAAUGCAACCUGUGCUACCGAGUUAAUGAUGUUCCAGAAGAGUUUUUGUACAACCCCCUGACUCGGUCUUACGGAGAGCCUCAUAAGCGGCCAGAAGUUCAGAAUUCCACUGUGGAGUUCAUCGCUUCCUCAGACUACAUGCUCCGGCCUCCUCAGCCUGCGGUCUACUUGUUUGUUUUAGAUGUGUCUCAUAACGCAGUGGAAGCUGGGUAUUUGACAGUUUUAUGCCAGUCCUUAUUAGAAAACUUAGACAAGCUUCCUGGAGAUUCACGAACAAGAAUAGGAUUCAUGACUUUUGACAGCACCAUUCAUUUCUACAAUCUACAAGAAGGGUUAUCCCAGCCUCAGAUGUUGAUUGUCUCUGAUAUAGAUGAUGUUUUUCUGCCCACACCGGAUAGCCUGCUUGUGAAUCUAUAUGAAAGUAAAGAGCUUAUAAAAGACUUACUGAAUGCAUUACCAAGUAUGUUCAUCAACACCAGAGAGACGCACAGUGCCCUUGGACCGGCGCUGCAGGCCGCCUUCAAGCUGAUGUCCCCCACGGGCGGCCGGGUGUCUGUGUUUCAGACCCAGUUACCUUCCUUGGGGGCAGGACUCCUGCAGUCCAGAGAAGAUCCGAAUCAGAGAUCCAGUACCAAGGUGGUGCACCAUCUUGGCCCUGCAACCGAUUUCUAUAAGAAGCUUGCUUUAGAUUGCUCAGGACAGCAAACUGCAGUGGAUUUGUUCCUUCUAAGUUCACAGUAUUCUGACCUUGCCUCUCUGGCUUGCAUGUCCAAGUACUCUGCAGGGUGCGUGUUCUACUAUCCAUCUUUCCACUCCACCCACAAUCCUUCGCAAGCAGAAAAGUUACAGAAAGACCUCAAACGGUACCUCACUAGGAAGAUUGGAUUUGAAGCCGUUAUGAGAAUAAGAUGCACUAAAGGACUUUCAAUGCACACUUUCCACGGGAACUUCUUUGUCCGUUCCACUGACUUGCUGUCUCUUGCCAACAUCAAUCCUGAUGCUGGAUUUGCAGUACAGUUGUCGAUUGAAGAAAGUCUGACAGACACUUCCCUGGUGUGCUUUCAGACGGCCCUGUUAUACACAUCAAGCAAAGGCGAACGGAGAAUUCGAGUGCAUACACUGUGCUUGCCAGUCGUAAGUUCACUCGCCGAUGUAUAUGCAGGAGUAGAUGUGCAAGCUGCCAUCUGCCUUCUGGCCAACAUGGCCGUGGAUCGCUCAGUGUCAUCGAGCCUGUCGGAUGCCAGAGAUGCCCUGGUGAAUGCUGUAGUGGAUCCCCUGUCUGCCUACGGCUCUGCAGUGUCAAGUGUGCCCCGCUCCACCCUGACAGCACCGAGCUCACUUAAGCUGCUACCACUCUAUGUUUUGGCACUUCUCAAACAGAAAGCAUUUAGAACAGGCACAAGCACACGCCUGGAUGACCGUGUGUAUGCCAUGUGCCAGAUGAAGUCGCAGCCACUCGUGCAUCUCAUGAAAAUGAUUCAUCCCAACCUAUACCGGAUAGACAGGCUGACAGACGAGGGCGCCAUACAUGUUAAUGACAGAGUGGUGCCUCAGCCACCUCUUCAGAAACUGUCUGCAGAGAAGCUGACCAGAGAAGGCGCGUUCCUCAUGGACUGCGGCUCAGUUUUCUACAUUUGGAUUGGCAAAGGCUGUGACAGUAACUUCAUAGAGAAUGUGCUUGGGUACCCUGAUUUUGCAUCAAUACCACAAAAAAUGACUCAUCUUCCAGAGCUAGACACACUUCCUUCAGAAAGAACUAGAUCCUUUGUGACUUGGCUUAGAGACAGCCGACCAUUGAGCCCUGUCCUUCACUUGGUAAAAGAUGAGAGUCCUGCCAAAACAGACUUUUUUCAGCAUUUGAUUGAGGACCGCACGGAAGCCGCGUUCUCCUACUAUGAGUUUCUGAUUCAUAUUCAGCAGCAGAUUUGUAAGUGAGCCAAACAAAGCUGGGUCAGAUGAAGUGCUCCUCAGCCAGGGGGAGCUCAGCCGUCGGAGCACACCAGGGACUUGACCAAGGUAUUUGCUGUUGGAAGAACGAUGCACAUCACUCUGUCUGAGGCUGGGGAAGAGAGAGCAAAGCAGAGCAGAGCCCCUCCAAGGACGCUCGCUGACGCAGCCAGCGCAAGGAUGGAGGCAGAUUCUAUGUCCUCUCAGAGGAGCAGUGGCGCAGUGCUCUCCUGCCAGCCAGCAGACCUGAGGACCACGGAAUGACAUGUCAUGAUCUAAAACUAGAUAAAGUCAUCGUACAGUUAACAUUUCUGGACCUGAACUCUGACAAGAGAUGCCAAGGGGCAGCGGUCCUGUGGUACUCUUUGUAUGAAUUACUUUUUAAAGGAAUGAUUCAUGUUCAUUAAAUGAAUUCAACAUUUUCCCUGUAAAGACAAUAGAGUUUCAGUACAUGAACUAUAGAAAAAUAUAUAUAAUGUACAAAAGUGUUACAUUUGUAAAGAAAAUGUAAAAUGUAACUAAGAAUAUGAUUGCUUAAACUGUGCUGCAUUGUUGGAUGACAACUCUGUCACAGUGACGGAAUGAGGUUGACUAAUGCAUAUUAUGAAUUGAGUCCACAAAAGAAACAUGAAACUUUGUAAUUCUGUUAAAUCUUUUAUGUGGAUUUAUUUAUGAUCAGCCUACUAAUUAAAAAUAUUUUGCUUGACAGUUGGUUUGGUGUUUGUCUGUUUGUAGGAGCUUUUUGGUUUUGGUGGUAUCGGUGAUAUUUUUAAACAGUAGGGAUCUUAAAUUUGCUGCUUGGAGAAAAUGCAACACCAAGUUUCAUUCAUCAGUGAAUGAAUACAUUGUUUGUGGAUACUACCAAGUGAUUACUGUUUGUAUUCUAAAAACAUGAUGUUAUUUUCAGAAUACAUUUAAUGACUAAGCAUAAUCUUAAAUCUCAUUUAAAUUAAGGAUUUUUUUCCUACCUAUUUGUAAUGAGAACUUUUUAAGAACAUGUGACUUUCCUUUUUAAUUGACUUGACAAUUAUCAUAUUGAACUUUGAGAGAUUUUUGUUCUGAUCAAGAAUUCUGUCAUUCACAGCAGGUUAUUUGCUAUAAAAAUUGAUGAUGAUCCA